CAUAAAGCCAUAUUCCUCCAUUUUCUUCCACCAAAUUCUCAUUUCAAACCUCGUCUUCUUCAUCCCUUCAUGUUCUUCAUCUCAACAUCUUCCCGGAUCUGAGCUUCUGAGUUUCGUGCCGCCUCUUCACGUGCUUCCUGUUUGCAAUCAGCCAUCUCUCUUCUUCUCUCUGUUCUUCCUGCCUUGACACCAGGUAGAUUUUGAUGACUCCUAGAAAGAGGAAUAAUUUAGACUGAAGCAUAGUUCAUUCAUAUCAUGUCUGAUCACGUUGUGCAAUCAGAUAAUGAUACUGACAGAACAGCUAUAAAAUCCAUGCAUAAUUACCAAAUUUCUUGGAUCAGUCACUGGAAGCACACAAGUUGUAAGCCAUCUAUCAGGGCACACAAUGAUUUAUCACUUUGUAGUGGGUUCAAAGACGAUGGUGCUAAUAUUAAGCAGCAUGUUUUACGUUGUGGGCCUGAAAAGGCAACUCAUAUUACCAAAUUUACCCAGGGAUUUAGAGAAGUUUCUGAAGCUGGAACUGUUAACAUCAUGGACAAUACUCUGAAAAUGAGUGCAAUGAAGUCGGAGAAAGGAAGCUUAUACAGCCAACCCUUUUCAGUGUUCAAUGCUUCUCCGAUUCAGGAGUGUGCCGUGGCAAUAAACAAUGACCGGCGUAUUUCAUCUCCUAGUGAGAUGGUGAACCAUCAGUUAUGUCCCAAAAGUGGCCAGGAUACUGUUACUCCAGGGAGAAGUAAGUGGCCUCAUCCUGAAAUGGCAUGUAAUAAUCCCCUUCGACCUAGAGGAAUCUUAUGGGAUCCUGAACAGCUGGUUAAAUCUCAUAAUUUCCUUGAAAAGGACAACUUAGCUGUUUCAGCAUUUCAGCUUGAUGUUGGGUCAAGUUCCAAAAUUGCACCAAACAAAUUUGAAAAUGGAGAGGCUCAAAUGCAAUCCUUCGUGUGUCAGCAACAAAAAAAUGAUCAAUCAAGCCCUUUUGCAGCAUCCAAAGAGCAUGUUACCGAUGCUAAGUUUUGCAGCUAUUCUACUUUUUGGAUCCAUGAGAAGAAAACUGAUACUAUGAUGGAGUUGAGGAAAUUUGGGACUUCAUUAUCAAGGCUGAAUGAUUCAUCUCCAUGGCUUCAUGAGACCUCAACAAGCCAUAGCCAACUGCCUGCUUUUCUUAACAAACAGAAUCAGAAGGGAGAAGAUGAUUGCAGUAUUAGAUUGCUUCCAAGCAGAGGCAGUCAUCCGGAGGUGAUGGAAUCAGUGAAGGGAUAUGAUGAGUACUACUCAAUGCCAAGAAUUCCGUGUUCUGUUCGUGAUGUUGAGACCAUGAGAAUGAGUACCACUAUAGAUUCUAUGGAAGAAUUACCCAGAGGUUUGCCGAAAUUUUCUCAGACAACACGCAAAUUUCUUAUUACAAAGAAGACUGACGUUAACUUGUCAUCUUUAGGUCAGGUUUUCAGAGACUCCAAACUCUCUUCCCAAUUGAAGGAGAAAAUGUAUUGUGAUUUUCUAAGUCUAUCUCCCAGUUCCAGUUUCCAGGGUCAGCAAGAAGUGAACCUUCAACCUCUAUGGAGCUCCACAGAUAGUGAAGGAAGAGAAAACGUUGGCAAUGUCAAGACUUCUUCUGUUUGUCUAAAGAAUGAAUCAUCAGCAGAGACUGAUGCUAUGGAAUUAGAUUUUUUCCAAAAAAGCCAUCUUUCUGGUGUCCCCUUGCGUCCACCAAAUCAGAAAACCAAGGUGGCAAAAAAGUCAUCAACAUCACAAACUACAAUUGCUUCUGCUAGAGAAGAAAUUGCUGAGAGAAUGGAAAAUACAACCACUGAAUUACCUGAUAUAAACCAGGAGCCUUUUUCUGUUCAAGUAAUGGCAAGCUUAGCAGAUGACAGGAAGACUAGUCCAUCUAGAACCUUGAGUUUGGAUGCAGAGCACCGGAUUUCACAUGCUGAGCGACCAACAAAUGCCAUUUCCAUUGCUUGCCCAGAUGGUCCUCUGGGAGCUGAGCCAGGCAGCAGAUGGGUUAAACGUCUCAGGUUGAGCAGUUCAGAUUCAUUAGCUCAUGGUAGUAAGAGCUCCAAAAUUGGAGAAGCUUCAUCCCAAGAAAAAGUCAACGAAAUCUUCAGCAAGAUCUUGAAGCACAGCAUAACUAGUUCAGAUCCUACCAUAGGUAGAUGCCAUGGUAAACCACAGAUAGACUUAGAUCAGGCUGUUGUGUUGUUAAAGAAUGGUGACUCCUCGUCUACCGACUCAGGGGUAAAGAGUCAACAUAUAACUCUUUCACAUUCUUGGAUUCAGAGGUGGGCUAAAAGUAAAGCUGCAUCUCCAAAAAUGAAAUCUGAGGUCAUAGAAUCAUGUGAACCACAGGGUUCAAAGGCAGCUGUGGAUGAAUUUCAGAAGAAGCAAUUCCCAAGCAUUGCAGCUAUGGCUCUGAUGGGAAAGGCCAUUAGCAGUUUUCAUCCAUGUGAAUUCAGGCGUAGAGGUGCUUUGAUAGUUUGGAACACGUGAGAAAUUUUACACAAAAGGUUAAACUGCCACUGGGAUGCUUGUUAAGGAGAAGAAAUGCUCCGCAGCAGUUGGGCCUCUGCCCAUCUAUCACUCUCCUUGGGUUUUUCAUUGGAAUGCUUUUUAGGGAAACAUCAUAAUUUUAAAGGGAUAGAUAUUGGCAUACCUCUGGAUAAUUGCAUCAACAAAGUUUGAUCUUCCCUAGGAUUAAAGUUGCAUGCAUUGGAGUUGAAACCUUUCUUGGCAUUGAUUUACACAUUGCUGUUGGCUAGAUGAAUCAUAGAAAGGAGCCACCGUAUCCUGGUUCUGCCAAUUCGUACCUCUUGUUUUCUUAUCGAUCAUGGUUGGCAUGUCACAAACAACACAGAUUGUUAUAUUCUUUUCUUCAAUCUCAUUUGAGUGCUAGAAAUGAAGCCUUGCCGGUGGUCACAUUUGGGUUCAUUUUCAUCCUAGUUUAUCCAUUUUUCUUUGGGGAUUAAGGAUUAAGAGGGGAGAAGAAACUGAGGAAACGUUU